AUGAUCGACCCAAUCCCUCCACCACCACCCACCCUAUUCAACCUCGCCAAACCUCUAGCCGACACCCUCGCCCUCCCCUCUCUCCCCCACCACAUCCACGAAGUCCUCUUCGCCGCCAUCCUCUACCAAUCCGUCCAAUCCAUCAUCUCCCCCUUCGUCUCAAACCUCCUCUUCCCGCAGAUCUACGCCUCCCUCACCAAGCGGACACGCGUCAACUGGGACGUACACGUGGUUUCUCUCGUACAGUCUCUCCUCAUCAACACGCUUGCGUUAUGGGUCAUGUUCACGGACAACGAGCGGUACGCGAUGCGCAACGAUGUCAAGGAGCGAGUGUAUGGGUAUACGGGUGCGAGCGGGCUGAUUCAGGCGCUUGCGUGUGGGUAUUUUGUGUGGGAUUUGGUGAGGCCGUUUUGCAACUACUACGGACCGGUGUUUAUCCUCUACGAGUUAUCGAGUCCUUUCUUGAAUGUGCAUUGGUUCUGCGACAAGCUGAACAUGACGGGCUCAAAACUCCAGUGGUAUAAUGGCAUGGUGCUACUGUUUACUUUCUUUUCCUGCAGACUGGUUUGGGGCACGUACCAGAGCAUACGGGUAUACUACGAUGUCUGGCAGAUUCUCAAGAUCGACACUACGGCUGCUUUCAGGCAGGGGCAUGAUCUAUCGAGUACGACGGGGAAGAGCAUAUUCAACACAAGAGACGGACAGUUAUGCAUGGGUGAUAGCCAGUGCGUGCGUGCACAAAGUGAAGUGAUGAAGUUUGUUAAUCUGGCUACGAGUGUGCCGUAUUGGUUGAUUGCGGUGUACUUGGUCAGCAAUGUUACGCUGAACGCGUUGAAUUGGUACUGGUUCGGGAAGAUGAUUGAGACGGUGAUGAAAAGGUUCGAGGGCAAGCCGCAUGACGAGUACAAGAACGAAAGGGAUAUGGUGGAGAAGGAGAAGGAGAGGCGCAAGAGUGUUGUUGAACAUGCAGCCGAUACACUUGACCGAGAGGUGUUGACGGGACCAGUGACGCCUGGUGUUGAGAAGAUUGAGAGAUUGGCUAUGAGUAGUGGUUCGAAUAUUGAUGGAGCAACGGAGGUGAAUAGGAGGAGGAAAGAUUUAUGA